AGUCUCGCGUGAGUUGCAGCGUGUGAGCUCUGCGCAGUGAGAACUGUAGCUAGGUAGUCCGCCAUUGCUGUGUGGGGAGAUCUACGUUAGAGCAACAUUGACAUUUGGUUGUCAACAACCAAUUACGGACCAGCGAGGAAGGUCUAGUGGAAGCUGUUCCACAAGUAUACUUCCCUGUACCUAACCAGAUCACAUUUUCAUGUAAAUACAGAACACACAGACGAAGUAACCAUGUCCAAUCUGAGCAAAGGCGGCACCAAAAAGGACACCAAGAUGAGAAUACGAGCCUUUCCUAUGACGAUGGACGAAAAGUAUGUCAACAACAUCUGGGACCUUCUGAAGAAUGCCAUCCAGGAGAUCCAGAGGAAGAACAACAGCGGGCUGAGCUUUGAGGAGCUCUACAGGAAUGCCUACACCAUGGUGCUGCACAAACACGGCGAGAAGCUCUACACGGGCCUCCGGGAGGUGGUCACCGAGCACCUCAUCAACAAAGUACGGGAAGAUGUCCUCAACUCACUAAACAAUAACUUCCUCCAAACACUGAACCAAGCCUGGAACGACCACCAGACGGCCAUGGUUAUGAUCAGAGACAUCCUCAUGUACAUGGACCGGGUGUACGUGCAGCAGAACAACGUGGAGAAUGUCUACAACCUGGGCCUGAUCAUCUUCAGAGACCAGGUGGUGCGCUACGGCUGCAUCCGAGACCACCUCCGACAGACCCUCCUGGACAUGAUCGCACGAGAGAGGAAGGGCGAGGUGGUGGACAGGGGAGCGAUCAGAAAUGCAUGCCAGAUGUUAAUGAUCUUAGGCCUUGAAGGAAGGUCGGUUUACGAAGAGGACUUUGAGGCCCCGUUUUUAGAAAUGUCUGCAGAGUUCUUCCAGAUGGAAAGUCAAAAGUUUUUGGCAGAGAACAGCGCGAGCGUAUACAUAAAGAAAGUGGAGGCGCGGAUAAACGAGGAGAUCGAGCGCGUACUGCACUGCCUGGACAAGACGACGGAGGAGCCCAUCGUCAAGGUGGUGGAGCGGGAGCUCAUCUCCAAGCACAUGAAGACCAUCGUGGAAAUGGAGAACUCGGGCCUCGUCCACAUGCUCAAGAACGGAAAGACAGAGGACCUGGCGUGUAUGUAUAAGCUCUUUAGCAGAGUGCCAAACGGACUGAAGACGAUGUGUGAGUGCAUGAGCUCCUACCUCCGCGAGCAGGGCAAGGCGCUGGUGUCAGAGGAGGGCGAGGGCAAAAACCCUGUAGAUUACAUCCAGGGUCUGUUGGAUCUGAAGUCACGUUUCGAUCGCUUCCUCCAAGAGUCAUUCAACAACGACCGGCUCUUCAAGCAGACCAUCGCAGGGGACUUUGAAUACUUCCUCAACCUCAACUCGCGCUCUCCCGAGUACCUCUCCUUGUUCAUCGACGACAAGCUGAAGAAAGGCGUAAAAGGAUUGACGGAGCAGGAGGUGGAGUCGAUCCUGGACAAGGCCAUGGUGCUCUUCAGGUUCAUGCAGGAGAAGGAUGUGUUUGAGCGGUACUACAAACAGCACCUGGCCAGGAGGCUGCUCACCAAUAAGAGCGUCUCCGACGACUCGGAGAAGAACAUGAUCUCUAAGCUCAAGACGGAGUGCGGUUGCCAGUUCACCUCUAAAUUGGAAGGCAUGUUCCGGGACAUGAGCAUCUCAAACACAACCAUGGACGAGUUCCGCCAACACCUACAGUCAACGGCGGUGUCGUUGGGCGGAGUUGAUCUCACAGUGAGGGUCUUGACGACAGGUUACUGGCCAACGCAGUCCGCCACGCCCAAAUGUAAUAUCCCCCCUUCGCCUCGACAUGCAUUUGAAGUCUUUAGAAGGUUUUAUCUGGCCAAGCACAGCGGCAGGCAGCUUACUUUACAGCAUCACAUGGGCUCUGCAGACCUCAACGCCACCUUCUACGGCCCAAUCAAAAAGGAGGACGGCUCAGAGGUGGGGGUGGGCGGCGCCCAGGUAACAGGCUCCAACACCAGGAAGCACAUACUGCAGGUGUCCACCUUCCAGAUGACAAUACUAAUGCUCUUCAACAACCGGGAGAAGUCCAUGUUUGAGGAGAUCCAGCAGGAGACAGACAUCCCGGAGAGGGAGCUGGUGCGUGCGCUGCAGUCACUGGCCUGCGGGAAGCCCACCCAACGCGUCCUCACCAAGGAGCCCAAGUCCAAGGAGAUUGAGAACGGCCACAUGUUCACCGUUAAUGACCAGUUCACCUCCAAGCUGCAUCGUGUCAAGAUCCAGACAGUCGCCGCUAAGCAAGGAGAGUCGGACCCGGAGAGGAAGGAGACGCGGCAGAAAGUGGACGACGACAGGAAGCACGAGAUUGAGGCGGCCAUCGUCCGCAUCAUGAAGUCUAGAAAGAAGAUGCAGCAUAACGUACUAGUAGCAGAGGUCACCCAGCAGCUGCGAUCGCGAUUCCUCCCCAGUCCUGUAGUCAUCAAGAAGCGCAUUGAAGGACUCAUUGAGCGGGAAUAUUUGGCGCGGACACCAGAGGAUCGCAAAGUGUACACUUAUGUAGCAUAAAGACCUGAAUUCCAUGAAACCUGACACGAAAAGAAACGAUACCUUUUUUUCUGGGACGGGUUAUGCGUAUGAAUUUGAAAGUUUGUCUCAUACUGGGAAACACUGGGAAGCUUACUUUUCUUCCAUUGAAAAAAUUGCAGUUAAAAAGACAGUUUUUCUUCAUAUCUUUUAGAUUUCUUCUGCAGAGAAGAGCUAAAUGGAGGGAUUGGAUCUCGCUUUGUUACAGUUUCAUGUUCCUAAUGUGGCCUUGGGAAGAAUUGGGGGGAGAGUGUGAAUGCAUCGAGUGUACUGCAUUCAAACCCAAUAUAACAAAAGGAAAAGAAAACGAGCAUUAAAAAAUUAUACAAAACAUAUACCAAGCAAAUGUGGGUUGGCUACACGAAGACCAAGAAAAUUUGACAUUUCUCACGUUUUUUAAAUGUUGAUGUAAAUGUAUUAUGUUAGUUUUUUCGUGGCAUCAUGCUGGUUGUACAGGUUGUUAGACACUAUUGGCCUUUUUUCCCUCUAGGGUUUUAAUCAGAGAAGAGGAAGACAUGGAUGUAGUGGCUGGUUUGCAGAAAACAGGAGCAGUUGCUUUGAUAGCAUGUUUUGUCUUAUGGAGUGGUGGGAGAAGUCACAUGCCCUAUUCAGGGGGGGGGGGGUUUCAUUUUUUUCUUCUUCAAUGGGGCCUAUUGUAAAAUUGGAUCAUCAGCCCAGAAAAUAUUUAUCCUUGGAAUUGUAGGUUCCUCCCUAUGCAGAUCACAAGGGGGAAGUACAUUUUUUUUCUUUACUGCAUUUCAAUUGGAACCAAUUUAGCACCAUGUUUUAAUGUGUAUAAAUUGUAAAAUAAUUAUUGUACUCACUAAAGUGGACUGUACAGGGCCUAGUUUAUCAUAUUAAAUGUAGAAAAAGAAAAUGUACAUCGAAGGGAGUUUUGCCUCCCUGUUUUACGACUCUGUGCCUUGUGUAUUCCUCUCCGAGAGCAGAGAGAAAGCCACAGUAAAUUGUACGGUGAAAUACAGUAUCUGACCAUAAUUAAAGUGUAAUGCAUAGAGGGAACCACAGUCAAACUGUUAAGCAUCUAAGAAGAGGAACUCAAUAACUAUUUGGAUUGCUUUCAAACAGUGGUAGCCAACUUUGAGUCACUGCAUUUGCUUUAGAACAAUGUUUCUUGCGGAAUCACCUUCAAGUGUAUUUUAUUUCUUAGUGUGCAAUGAAAUUGUUUAAGGCUACAGCAGGCCACUUUACAUGGGUUCAAUGGAUGAAUAUGCAUCUCACUAAUACAGCUGCUAUGACAAUUUAAUGUUGAUUAUUAGAAAAUAACAUGUGAAAGGUGAUUAGUCUCCAAUGUUCCAGAAUGUCUACCACACAACUAAAACCACUGUUCUAUGAAUGUGACAACGACUUGUCCUUAAGGGGGGCACAGUAUAAGGGUUGUUGUGCUCUUUAACAGAAAUGUGAUUCAGGUUCCAUGACAGAAGUGGUAUUAUCUCCUUUGCCCCCUCAGUGUAGUUACCCUGUCUGGACUCUUUUUUUGUUUUCUUUUUUUACCUUUAACUAGAACAAAUUCUUAUUUUCAAUGUCGAUCUUGCAACCUUUCGGUUACUAGUCCAACGCUCUAACCACCAUCAUGACGGGGAGACGACUGCCAUUUACUCAUUUAGUUUGAGUAGACAACCCUUUCUCAUGUCUCCUGCACGUCUUUAUUCAUGUGUUUGAGUAGACACGACUCUUCUACUUAUCCGUAACAUUUUUUUACAGCCUCCCUAAAUCUGACAUUCUACUCCCUCAUAAAACAUGUUUUAACGGUACCAGUGCAGCUGAUGACGUCACUGUCCCAACUAGAAGGCUGUUCAUGAAAAAAACACUUCGCUAACAGACUGACUGAACUGUGCCAAUUAUUGGAUCCGGUCCAAACACUUUAAAGACACACCCUCGUCCACUUACCCUCGCCAUAUUGGAGGGUGGGCCAAAUGAUUAGUCAAGUAAGGGAAGUUUGCAACUUCAGGUACUCAGUCCUCGUUUUUAGUCGGCUUUGUAUAAGUACUGUUAUGAAACAGGCAGGGGGCAGGUCUCAAACCAUCGACCUUCUAGCCCGCAAAAGCAUACGGCAGAGUCGAUAUCCACGCUUCUAAACCCAGGGUCGUUACACUAUGAUCACUCCGGGGCCUGAAAAACAACAUCAAUGAAAUAGUCAACAUACAAGCGACAAUGACCCAACAGACCUCCAAGAUGUGUAAGGGCAAUUUGACCAAGAAGGAGAGUCAUGGAGUACUGCAUCAGAUGACCUGGCCUCCAUAAGUGAGAAAGUUAGACUGAGGUUGACCAUGCGGCUCCCUCCAUGAUUGUUGAACCGUCCAUUAUUUUCACCUCAAGUCUCCCAGAGAAAGUUAAGACUGUUAGUCUCUGUCCCCCAGGUGAAAGCCUCAGCGACCCCUGACCUGUGCCUUCCCUCUGACCUGCCCAAGCGUCUCGCCCAGAGGGCUACUGAGGAGCGUUGUCUGCACUGCCCCCAGCAGCCCACACCCUGUAGUCCUGCAGCCAGGUGACCCAGCCAGGGAACUGGCUGCGCACCGACCCAGGCCUGGCUAGGCUAGGUGCCUGCCUUACCUGGGUGUGACAUGGGCUCAGACAGCCACUGCAGCACCCCUCCAGGCAGCUCCUGCUACUCGUCCCAGUGCAGCAGCCCCGCCACGCUAUCCGUCAACCACCCCCACGACUCCUUCCCUCUCUCAUGAUCCACCUCCCAAGCGCGGCCCUCCCUGUCAACCUCCCACCUGCUGCUGGAGGAGGAAGAGCCUGUGGGAGGCGGAGCACGAGAGAGGCUAGCCGCUGUGGGGGGCCUCUGCCCCAGAGAGCCUAGCGAGGGAGCUGAGUGCCUGUCUACUGGAUGCUUGCACCCCCCACAGGACAUGGGUUGUGAGCAGCCCUACCAAAGCUGAUAGCAGUGUUAUCAGCUGGGCAAUGCCGGGUCAGAGCUACUCCAGAGGGCCUGUGGGGCCAGGGCCUCUUGCUACGCCAGCAGCAAAGGCUCUGUUGUCACCUACACACAGUACAGACCCAAUAGAUGAGUUCUUCAUCUGAUUCCUUUCUGCAGUGUGGCAGGCAGGCAGUUGUAGGACAUUUUGUCACUAUCUAACAUAAUGUAACUUAGAGAUGGACUUCCUGGUGCCAGUCUGGGUCUGCGUCCAAAAUGUCACACUAUUCCCUAUGUAGUGCUGGUGGGCUCUAGUCAAAAGUAGUGCCCAAUAUAGGGAAUAGGGUGCCCUUUUGGACGCCAACUAGCCAGGCUAGGUGUAAAGCCUAUAGUAAAUGAAACUGUUACGCCCAGGGAUUUCAGAUUCACAAUUAUUGUCUAACUAGGCAACUAUGCAUUUUAUUACCAGUGGAAGUAGAAAUGCAUACAAAUGUGCCGCAAGUGGGUAGGUAGAUAAAUGUGUGUGGUUGGUUAGUUCAUGUGGUUGUCUGUGCACUAUGAAAGCUGAUCUGUGUGGUAGCAUAUCACUGAGUGACCUAAGUCCUUACCCCAAGAAAGCACUGUCUAUCAGGUCUGACUCCUGGGUCAGAAGUUAGUAUUGUACAGUCAUUAGCCUAUUUUUCUAGGAUUAACACAUUGUAUUUCAACAGUAUCUUCUAAUACUAUAACGAAACCAUGGGUUGUGUUGAGUAGACCUUGCCAAACCAUUGUGUUGAAAGGACAUAUUUUGAUAAGACGAAUACUGUGGGAGCUGAUAAUUCAUUUAUUUUCUGGAAACUUUUUCGUAAAGCCGUUAGCUUCGGGUACUGUGGUUAGGAUACAUAUUUGGUAAUCUGUGUGUUCAAAUAUGGCUUGAUGACUGGAAUACAACAAAGGACUAGCGAGCUAAAAGACUCCUUGUCUGAGAUGAUACUCUGUUAAUAAUGUAUAAAGUGUGUGUUGACAUUACCAUGGAAGGCUGUUACAUUGCAAGGCUGUCUAUAACCUAGGACCACAUGAUGUUUACCAAAUUGAUUGUGUAGAGGCCGGUUUCUUAGAUUAGGCUAAACCUGGACUAAAAAGCUUGUUCGGUGGAGAAUCUCCAUUGAGAGUGCCAUUUAGUCCAGGACUAAGUGUAAUCUGUGUCUGGGGAAACUGUCCCUUUAAUUUAAACAUGUGAAAUAUGACUUUUAUCAUGCAUCACUAAAGUAAUUAAUUGUAUUUUGUAAAUUACAUUUUUGACUUCUGACUAA